AUGUCCGAUUCGGUGUCGUCAAAGCCGCGCGGCUCUGAUGUGCGAGUGCAUCGAUAUGAAUGGUGGAAGUCUAUUGGUUCUCCCCGGUAUGUGACGGCCCCUAUGGUGGAUCAGAGUGAAUUAGCGUUUCGUAUGAUGACUCGAAAGUAUGGCGCGCAGUUUUGCUAUACUCCAAUGAUGCACGCGAAGUCCUUUGCUACGUCGAAGAAAUAUCGAGAGAAGAACUUCGAAACCGCUCCUGGAGAUUCCCCCCUGGCUGCCCAGUUUUGUGGUGAUGAUGGUGACGUUAUAGUAGAAGCCGCGAAGCAUAUAGAAGAUCAGGUGUCGUGCAUUGACCUCAAUCUGGGAUGCCCUCAAGGCAUCGCUAGAAGAGGCCACUAUGGAAGCUUCCUGCUAGAGGAACCUGAAUUGGUUCUCGGCAUUGUAGAGAAGAUGGUCAAGGGCAUAAAGUGCCCGGUCUCAGUAAAGAUUCGUCUGAUGACCGCUAAGGACGAUGAUGGUUCGGGGAGGCCGGACGUGGCUGCGACGAAAGAGUUUGUGAAGCGGUUGGAUGCCCUUGGAGUUGAUCUUAUUGCGUUGCAUCCUCGAACUAAGGAGUGGAAGGGUCAGUUGACUCAAGCCUGUUGGUGGCAAGCGGCUGCGGAGGUUCGUGCAUGCGUACCGGACAUUCCGUUCAUCGUCAACGGGGGCAUUUCGUGUUUCGAGGAUGUUGAGAAAUGCUUUAAGGUCACCAAAUGUGAUGCAGUGAUGAGCUCUGAGUGCAUCUUAGAGGUCCCGACCUUGUUCAGGGGCCCUGAGAAGGACGGUCCGGCCCUCAGCCAGUGCGAACUGGUGGAGGAAUAUAUCAAAUUUGCUAGAAUGUACCCUCAUACUGCGCCCCCGAGAUGUGUCAAGAGUCACGCCUUUCGCAUGCUCUAUGCCCCUCUGCAAAAGUUCAUUGAAGUGCGCGAGAAACUCGGAGGCUCACGUAGUGUGGAAGAGAUAUCUGUUGCAGUCAAGACUCUCGAUGAGCUUGUCAGAAAUGAUUCGCAACAGGCUGAAGUUGAUGCGAAUCCCUGGCCUUCACGGGGAUACUAUUGGCGACAUCAGAAACCUUUACUAUCGACAAGUGACCUCAUACGGAAGAAGAUUAUAGAAAAGCCAGAGGGGAUGGAAGAGCUACCAACACUGGGAGGGAGGAAACGGGAAUAUCGGAGGUUGAGCCGCUCACAGCGGAAGGCACUGCGCAAAAAGGAGAUGGAAGAUUCCCGAGGUGGUGAAGCGGAUCCAUCGAGCUCACCGAAGAGGAUUGCUGUUGACGCACCAGCUUGUACAUAGGCCUUUCUUAUAUAACGUA